AUGGGCAAGCGAACGUCAGAAGCAGCCGACCUCCCCCAGGCCAAGUCUGCCGCCACCGGGCAGCAGACAGCCAGGAAGGCAGAGACCGUCGAGGAGGGCAUGGGCGAGUUCGAGGACAGAUGGGAAGACGAGAUUGAAAGCGAGGAGGAAGUCAUUGACGCCGAGGCUGAAGACAAUGAGGAGUUCACUCCCGCUCAGGAAGACACUGAGCCUGCGCCUGCUCCCCUCCAGACAUACCUCCCGGGCACUGCUAUGGCGGAGAACGAGCAGCUUGUUGCCGACAACUCUGUCUAUCCCUGUCUCCAUUCCCUCUCCUACUCUUGGCCCUGUCUCUCCUUCGACGUCCUGCGCGACAACCUUGGUUCCGAAAGAGCUACUUUCCCCCACACAGCUUACAUUGUCACCGGAACCCAGGCUGGCGAAGUUCCUGGGCAAGGAGGCAAGGCCAAGGACGAGGUUGUCAUUAUGCGCCUCGGCAAUCUGGCCAAGACUCAGCACGACGACGACGAGGAUGAUGAUGAAGAGGAGGAAGACGACGAUGCGAACGACGAGGAGGCCACUUUGGAUUUCCUUACCAUCCCUCACGUCGGCAGCGUGAAUCGUAUCCGUGCCGCCCCUCCCCCUUCCAACUCUACGCCCACCGACCCGUACCACGUCGCCACCUUCUCCGAGACUGGUAAAGUCCACAUCUUUGACGUCCGCCCCUACCUCGACUCUCUUUCCGGCCCUUCGAAACCCAAGCAGAAGCUGCCGGUGCACACCAUCACCAACCACGGCAGGAGCGAGGGUUUCGCUGUGGAAUGGGGACAGACCGGUCUGUUGACUGGUGACAUUGACCGCAAGAUCUUCCUCACGACCCUCACCCCUACCGGCUUCACCACUUCCCCCCAACCCUACCUGUCCCACACCUCGUCUGUUGAAGAUCUGCAAUGGUCUCCCUCAGAACCUACCGUCUUUGCGUCUGCUUCUGCGGACCGGUCAGUAAGGGUCUGGGAUGUUCGAGCCAAGGGCAGGAAGAGUGUGGUCAGUGUAGACAAUGCGCACCCCGAUGAUGUGAAUGUUAUCAGUUGGAAUAAGGGUGUCGACUACUUGAUGGUGUCUGGUGGUGACGAGGGUGGCUUGAAGGUCUGGGAUUUGAGAAUGUUUAGCAACGCUCCUACCCCCGUCGCCUCAUUUAACUGGCACACCGCCCCCAUAACCUCCGUCGAAUGGCACCCCACCGACACUUCCGUCUUUGCCGCCUCUGGUUCCGACGACCAGCUCACGCUUUGGGACUUGUCUGUCGAGCCUGAUGAGGAUGAAGCUCCUAUUGUGCAGCCUGCUGUGGGUGGUGGUGAGGGCUUGACGACGGUACCGCCGCAGUUGCUGUUUGUGCACCAAGGGCAGAAGGAUGUCAAGGAGGUACACUGGCAUCCUCAGAUCCCGGGGAUGGUCAUCAGCACGGCGUCGGAUUCUUUCAACGUCUUCAAGACAAUCUCUUGUUAG